CGGGAGCAAGCGCAUCAGCACUGCUCCUGCCGCCUUAUAUCCGCCGCCGUCGCCACGCGCGUCACCGCGCCGGAACCCGGCGGACGCUCGACGGGAACGAGCGAUGGAGCUCGACGGAGCCGUCCCCGAGGAGGACCCCGCCGCGGCCGUCCUCGCCGAGUGGCCGCGCAAGCGGGACGGCCGCCCCGCCGAGGACAAGGAGGAGGAGGCGCGGAGGAGGAAGGAGCAGGACGGGAGCGCGGCCGAGGCGGGCACGGCGGAGCCGCAGAAUCGAAGCCAGGCGACUGGAUUGGGCAGGAAAAAGUCCAAGGCGUCGGGGAAGAUGAGGCUCGUGCGGAGCAUGGCGGUGUGCGAGGAGUCCCCGCCGGCCUGCAGCCCCGGCGACGGACCUCACGAGAGCAGCGAGGAGCCUCAAGCGAGAGUCGCCAGCUCGCUGAGCGUCGAGGAGGAGGAGGAGGAGGCGACGCCCGUGAGGGAGGAGGAGGAGGCCAGCGUUGAGAAUGAAAAACCGGGUUUGGAUGGCAAGGCGACGAAGUUGCUCUCCCGCGACUCGAGCCAGGACUACACGGACUCGACGGGGAUCGAUGUUCACGAGUUCCUGGUGAACACGCUCAAGAGCAGCCCGAGGGACAGAAUCAUGUUGCUGAAGCUGGAGCAGGAGCUGAUGGACUUCAUUCACGACGCGACCCAGUACAAGAAGUUCCCGCAGAUGACGUCGUACCACCGCAUGCUGGUGCACCGCGUGGCCGCGUACUUCGGCAUGGACCACAACGUGGACCAGACGGGGAAGGCCGUCGUGGUCAACAAGACGCCCGGCACGCGCAUUCCGGAGCAGGCGUUUAACGAGCACUUCACGGAGGAGGGCCCCAGCGUGGAGGUCCCCAAGCGGAUGGCGCCGAAGCGCGACGGAGACGGCGCGGAGCAAGAGGAGAGGCAGCAGCCCUCGGCUCCGGAAUAUCGUCUCGCGGAGAUCAGGAUCCAAGAGCCGUCGCCUUUAUCCAGCACGCAGAAGCGGAGGCAGAUGUUCCGGAGCCACCGAGACGGCAGCGGCGGCGGCGGCAGCAGCAGCGGCGAAGGCGGCGGACUUGGCGGCUCGGGCAGCUGGCAGAGCAGCACAGAGACGGACUGCGGCGGCGGCGGCGGCGGCACCCCGCCACGCCGCUGGGGGCCUCGGCCGUGGAGCAGCACCGACUCGGAGAGCUCGCACGCCGGGCCCGCGCCAGCCCGCCGGCCCGCCGUCGUCAAGGCCAGCAGCUUCAGCGGCAUCUCGGCCGUGCUGAUGCGCGGAGACAGCCACGGGGGUCUGGCCAACGCGGGCUCGGACUCGCCGAACAGCGUGGGGACGUCCCCCACGGCGUGCCCCGCUCGGACUCGGCACGGGCAGCAGCAGCAGCCGCAGCAGCAGCAGCAGCCGCAGCAGCAGCAGCGUAGGUCACCCGCCGCUCCCGCCGUGCCCUCGUACUCCGUCACCGCCGCAGCAUCGGCAGCAGCGCAGGUCUGCCCGGCGGGCCCCAGCUACUGCCUGCUGCCACUCGAGAGCAUGGGCAUCCCUCCUGGGAGCAUCCUCGUCAAUCCGCAGACAGGCCAACCGUUCCUGAACCCCGACGGUACCCCAGCGGUUUACAAUCCCCCGGCCGUGCAGCAGCAAGCCAGGGGUCAGCUGUCUGAAUCGUCACAGCUGAUCCUCGCCACAGCUCACCAACAACCCCUGGGCAACCACCACCACCACCACAUGUCACUGAGUCACGGGCAAGCGUCUUCUCCAACGUCGGCUCAGCACCCUUACUCUCAGCACGUGGUGUCCUUCUCCCCUCCGCAGCAGUACAGCGUGGACGAACUGGGCCUGCACUUUGGCCACGUCGCCCUGAGCCACCACUCUGCUGCCGGCGAAAUCCCAGAGUCCACGGCUGCCCCCUACCCGCCUCCCAUAAUGCACCAGCAGCAGCAGCAGCACCCGACGGGCUACGGAGCGUCGCCGUCCGCAGGGCCGCCCAUGACCCCCAACGGCUACGGCGGCGCCGGGUCGUCCUACCCGGCCGUGGCGCAACCGCAGGUGUACACGCUGCAGCAGCACCAGCAGCACCAGCAGCAGCACCAGCAGCAGCAGCACCAGCAGCAGCACCAGCAGCAGCACCAGCAGCAGCAGCAGAUUCCUGUCUUCGUCUACGCCCCGGGGCAGCUCGGCCUCGUGGGGCAGCAGUCGUGCCGCCCCGCGACCCCCACGCAGUACGGAGGGCAGCGCGGGCAGCACGGGCAGCAUCCGUCGCAGACACACGGUUUCCAGGGUCCUCCUCCUCCUAGCCAGCAGCAGUUUCAAGGCGUGAUGAGCGUCCACCAACAGUCGGCGGGCGCCCAGCACGGCAACGACGGCGCCCAGCUGCAGGGCUUGCUGCUCCAGUACCCGGCAGCGGCGAUGCCAUCGUACCAGGUCCCUUACCAGCUUCAGGCCGCUUCGCACUCCCAGCACCACCACCAGCACCACCACCAGCAGCACCAGCAGCAGCACCAGCAGCAGCACCACAUCCAGCAGCCGCCCGCCCCGCGCGGCCCGUCCAGAGACGGCGGGCCCCACCCCGGCUCCUCGGACGACGCGGGCCGCGCGAUGCCGCUGUUCUGCAGCCUGGCGUCGGCGGCCGUGCCGGGACACGGCGGAGCCCGGGGCUCGGCGGGCCUCCAGCAGGCCUGCCCGGGGACCGCCGGCUCCGUCGGCGGCGGCGGCGGCGCGCCCCCGUCGUCGUACUCCGCGGGCGUCCCUCUGCCCGGCGGCUGCAGGGCCAACUACACGACGGCCGUGUGUGUGCCGUGGACUCAGCUCAGAUACUGACACGCUCGGUGGGGACCUGAGGUUCGCUCCCCCCCCGCCUCACCGCCCCCAACACACCACCAGAUUUUGAUAUGAACGUCACCUCUCCCGAAUGUGUUCCCCCUUGAGUUUUCAGCACUCCCGCGGCGCGACCGCGGGCGCUCCUCCGUCACGUGCGGUGGAGUCAACAACAAAAAACGAACGAAAAUGUUUACGGCGGCGGCGGUGACUCGCGGAUGCUGUCGGUUCGAGCUGUCACGAUCGGCCGGGUUGCGCUUCGCAUACGUUUUUUUAUUUCUCCUCCCCCCCCCUCCAGCCCCGAGCGACACCCUUCUGCGAGUCGCCGUUGACGCACAACCAAUUUGCAAACCGGGGCCUGAGGUUGUUACGUAUUUUAUGUAGGAUACGGGUUGCACGUUUCACGCGUGUCACACCACAACGUGUAUCGGCGUCCGCAGCGACGUUCAAACCGGGAAUACAUUUAAUUGUUUUUAAAAAAUCUUUUCCCACCCCGCGAUCGCGUUUUGGGGCCCGUGCUUUUACACCGGUGACGUCGAUGCAUUUUUUUUAAAGUGCUGCUCGACGGACGUGCAGAACGCGCUCAUCCCCGCGCGGUGCAGUUGCUUCCCCUCUCGUUUUUCCCGCCGUGGCUUUUGCCGCCACUCCUCCCUCUCGGUGGGGCUCGGCGAGGGACCUCUGUGCCCCUGGGUCGCCCGGCGGUUGUCCCCUCGUAGACUGCAUGCGCCUCAGCCACCCGCUCGGGUCUCUCCCCGGGGUUCUGUUUGCAUGUCCGAUGAUGUUGCAUGCCGACCACACGUCAUUGGUGGUGGAGGGGGGGGCGGGCAGGGUCAGUGGUUGUAAAUUAUCGAGUACGUUCAUUUAAUUUCAGCUCCGUAUAGAUAUUUUUUUUUUUACACACACACGUGAAAAUUGCACUUUACGGAAGCUGGACUGUUUUCUGCGCGUUUUUGUUGUUGUCGUUGCGAAAAUAGGGCCAUAUCGGUCGGUGACGGGCAUUGGGCCUGCGGGUUUAGGCUUCGGACUUGAGCCAUUUCUGCGUCCUGCCGUUCUCCGAUUCAGCACCGGUUGGCUACGUACGGCGCAAAAGAAGUUUAGCGUACGCAUGUGCGUCGGCAGCGCGCACACUCGAGGAGGGCAAGGGGGGUGAGGGUGGGAAGCUCUUGUUUCAUCGCGCAAACUCCGCGCGCCCUCGCAGCAGCGGCUGGCGGCGAGGGAUUCCGGCGAAGCGUCGAACAAAGACGGUUGUCACCAGCGUCACGCGGCACUUUCAGGCGCUGCUUCUCCGGGCCGUCUGGAACGCCGCUCUUCCGUCCGAUAUUAGGAAGCCACUGGUGAGCUAUGCACUUUUAAAAUCUUAAGUUGACAACUCAUUUCUUUAGAACUGCUUUUUGUCGUGUUUAGUUUGUUGUGCUUCCCCCGUACCUCCGAUUAGCGCUGUUGGCUACGUACGGCGUGAAAGAAGUUCAACGUACGAACAUACAUGAGCAUGUAUGUACGUACUCGCACGUGUGUUGGGGAGCGGUAGUACGUUGCGCUACGAACCUGGUGACCCGAGUUCGAUUCCCGCUCGCGCCUUCCCCUCCUAGUUCGAAGCGGCCUCGGAUGAGCACCUCGUGCGUCGUGUAAACAUCGGCACUAUCUGUCGGCAAAGGUGGCCACCCGCCCUCUUGGUGUGCCGUGCCGGCCUUUCAUCGGUGCUGCUACUUCGCUGAUGGCACUUGCACCGGCAGUCAAAGGCUCCACGCGGCGGGGGGGGAUCUUUGUUUUGUGUUUGGGAUGAAUGGCACCUUCAAAGAGUUUGGAGAAUUAAGUACAAUUUCAUGUAUUUUUUCCCCAAUUUGUAUUUAUUUAGAAUCAUUUACGCGCCGCAUUUAAUUUGCCAUCUUGCCGGCGGUGACGAGCGCCCACUGACACCGCGUUUGGCAGGAGUCGGCACAAGUGACGACGUCACCUCCACGCGACGUUUUCACUUUCGGAGAUCGUCCCAAUGUUCACAUCUGGGCCCCAAUUUUGGAUAUCCUUUCGGGGAUUCAUGCAAACACCGCGAGCGUUUGCCCCCCCGCCCAUCCCUCCCAGCUCGCUCAUCGCGCGUCCGACGGCAUCGUUUCCCGCGCCUCCCGGAGCGCGCUCCUCCCACGCAAAUCGCCGCACCGGUUGCGCGCUAGGUGCGCGUGCCGGAGCGUUGGAACAAAAAAAAAACGCGACUUCGCUCGGGGUAGGCCGCAAAAAACCCUCGGCGUGGAGAAUUAACGCCGCUCGAGCGUAACGUGGGCACAGCGCGCAGACGCGUACGAGUCCGUUUUAAAAAGAGUGUGUUUCUCAUUUUUAAACUGUGGGUUUUGUUGUUUAUCGAUAAGAGAUGCGUAUUUAUUUAUUUUAAAACGGGUUUAAUUUUUUUGGUGCAUUAGCUUGUUGUCAUCCCCCCCCCGCCCGUACCUCCGAUUAACACGGUUGGCUUUGUAUGGUACGAAAGAAGUUCAACAAACAUAUGCACACAGACUCACACAGACUCACACAGAGACCCACAGACUUACACAGACUCACACAGACUCACACAGAGACCCACAGACUUACACAGACUCACACAGACUCACACAGAGACCCAGACUAACACAGAGACCCAUAGACUCACACAGAGACCCAUACUCACACAGACUCACACAGAGAGUCAUAGACUCACACAGAGACCCAUACUCACACAGACUCACACAGACUCACACAGAGACCCACAUACUCACACAGAGACCCACAUACUCACACAGAGACCCAUAGACUCACACAGACUCACACAGACUCACACAGAGACCCAUAGACACACACAGACUCACACAGACUCACACAGACUCACACAAACUCACACAGACUCACACAGAGACCCACAUACUCACACAGACUCACACAGACUCACACAGACUUACACAGAGACCCACAGAGACCCACACAGACUCACACAGACACACAGACUCACACAGACUCACACAGAGACCCACAUACUCACAGAGAGACCCAUAGGCUCACACAGAGGACCAUAGACUCACACAGAUACCCAUAGACACACACAGAGACCCAUACUCACACAGAGACCCACAGACUCACACAGAAACCCAUAGCCUCACACAGAGACCCAUAGCCUCACACAGAUACCCAUAGACACACAGAGACCCAUACUCACACAGAGACCCAUAGACUCACAUAGAAACCCGCAGACUCACACAGAGACCCACAGACUCACAGAGAGAACCACAGACUCACACGGAGACCCACAGACUCGCACAGAUAACCAUAGACUCAUAAGAUAACAAUAGACUCACACAGAGACCCAUAGACUCACACAGAAACCCGCAGACUCAAACAGAGACCCAUAGACUCACACAGAGACCCAUAGACUCACACAGAGACCCACGGAACGAACGGCGGUGGUAGGCAUGGCUCGUUAACGGCGGUUAAUGAGCGGUAGCCGUGUAUUGCGAAUAUGAAGAUGGAGUGGAAACGGUGGCGGGUUAUGAAGCGGAGAUUAAAACUAAAACAACGGUUUUAGUUCACCCGGCGUAAGGCUGCUCUAUAGCUCUUUUGUCAGAAUCGGCCCGGCUGUCACAAACGAUAGUGCAACGAAGUGGCUUAUCGUCGUCAUCGUCACGUGCAAAUUUAUGGCAGUUGCCAAAUACUCUUGAACGUGUGAUGUUGGCUCUAAAUGUGGAGGGUAAAAACCGGAGGACCCAGGGAAGAAUAAAUCCACGGGGAGAGAGAUACACGCCAACUCCACGUACAGCAGGCGUCAGGAUCGGGAUCAAACCCACGACCUCCCGCGUACCAGGCGAGGCAGUUGACAUCACGCCACCGCGGCGCCCCGAGCUCGGCACUCCUAGCGGUCGCGGUAGAUGCUCCUGAAAAAAGUUUGGCAUUAAAUCGACGACAAUUUCCCCAACCCCAAAAAAACAAUGCGACGAUAAAGCUUGAAUUUCGAUUUAAAGCUUUCGUGACUGCAGGGAUUCAUCUUCUUGAUUCUUUCGGUAAAGUCACGUCGAAGGGAAGUAAUAAAAUAAUAAAAAUAAAACAUAAUAAAAUAAUUCUCACGACGUUUCGGCCACAACGCAAGCAGCCGUCCUCAGGUGAAGAAUUAUUUUAUUAUGUUUUAUUUUUAUUAUUUUAUUACUUCCCUUCUACGUGACUUUACCGAAAGAAUCAAGAAGAUAAAGCUUGAGCGGGAUACGAUGCUCUACGCACACACGUUCGCGCUGAGACGGCGGCACGUACAACCGAGGGUGCGUGCCGAGUGGCGGUCCCACACGCCGGUGGACUUUGCCCGUUUGUAGGAAGCCGUAAAACGUCGGGGUUCAGACGGCGGGGUUUAUUUAAUUGACUCGUCCCUCCGCGGCCGUCUGACGUCGCGUAGGCUGCGGACGAUCGAUCGCACCCUCCGAUUAGCAACGCUUUGGCUACGCACGGCGCGAAAGAUGUUCACCGUACAAUACGCGUGUGGAGGGUGGAAGCAUGUUCCUUUCUCGCUCCGAGACGUCUGCACGUUGGCAGGGCGGUGGGUGUCCCGGUCAUCGCCGGAUCUCGGAACGCGCGAGCGGUCCAGCGUUAAUUUUAUUUAGAGAGGCGUAGCGCCGUUGUACUCGCCGCAAAGACGGCGAUGAUGCACUCCUGGCCACUAACAAGCAGUGGCGUAGCAUUGUCGGCGUGGGCCUUCAUCCUCACUCGCCUGCAAGGGCAAGCGGUGCUGUGUGCAGCGCACGCCACUGAGGUGCAGCUGCCACAAGGGGAACCCCCACUUCCCCACGCACACACGCACACUCGCACGUACACACGCACGCACUUACACACACACGUACACACACACGCACAUACGCACGCACGUACACACGUACACACACACGCACUUACACACACACGUACACAUGUACACACGUACACACACACACAAAGACAAAGAUCCCCCGUAUAGCCUGAACAGACUGUAGGGGCAAGUGCUGUUAGCGAGCACCUAUGAAGGCCGGAACGGUACACGAGGGGGUUGGUGGCCAGCACCACGCCCGACCGCCUUUGUCUCCCUAGUGGCGAUGUUUACACACCGCACCAGGUACUCAUUUAAGGCUGAGUCGACCUAGGGGAGGCCCAGGACCGGUUCAGAUAAUCGUCACUGGUGUUAGCCGUGAGCGGGAAUCGAACCCGGGUCGCCAGGUUCAUAGCGCAGCGCGCUAACCGCUACACCACCGCUCCCCACACACGUACGCACACACACACACGUACAUACACACACACGUACAUACACACACACAUGUACGCACACACACACACGUACAUACACACACACAUGUACGCACACACACACACGUACAUACACACACACACGUACAUACACACACACGCACACAUACAUGCACGCACGUACACACACACACGUACACACACACGCAACUCGACACGGCCACCAGCCCACACACGCACACACACACUCACGCACACACACACACACACAUGUACACACACACGCACGUACACACACGUACACACACAUGUACACACACGCACGUACACACACACACACAUGUACACUCACGCACACACACACACACAUGUACACACACACGCACAUACACACACGUACACACACAUGUACACACACGCACGUACACACACACGUACACACACACGCACGCAUCUCGACACGGCCACCAGCUCACACUCGUGGGCAUUGCAGCUGAUGGGCAUUACAGCGUCUGCUUCGGGACAGGGGAGAGACUACGACUCCAUUCUGACACUCAGGGUUCCGGACAACAUGCAGGAAAAAAAACUAAAAACUUUAAGCCAUAAAGUCUUGAGAAGCGCUGUUUUCCCCGAUGGGACCGGCGUCCGUGUGCGUGCGGUACUGGGCGCGGUGUGCGUGCGGUAGGAGCACAGUAGGGGCACAGGUGGUGCAUCGGCCAGUCAUCUCAGUCAUCUCAAGUCAGUCGACCCGUGGUCACCUGAUGGGUCUGUCCCGUGACCUUCCUGCCAGCGGGCGUUCGACACUUUCACGCGGCCUCAACGUGCACAUGGCCUGGCACAAGAGCCGUGGUCACGUCACUGCCACUUAGUGGCGAAUAGCGGUUGUUGGUGUGUGCGCUACUGCACGUGGUGUGUGGUUACGGAUCGGCGAUGGUCACAGCCGCAACGUCCCCGCUCCGCCGGCAUUAGCUCCGUGGGAUUUGCCGGUGAAACUUGAUACGACGGAACGGACAGAAACCGCUGCCCUUCGUCUGCGUUCAGUGGCGAACGCGACCGGUGAGCGCGCGUCUCUUUGGCACCGUGCGGAGCCGAGGGGUGUGACGGCACGCCGAGCGAACACCGGGGACCCCUUGCUGUUCCGUGAGGUCGGAGGUCAACGCGAGGUCGGAGGUCAGCGCGAGGUCGGCGGCAGGUCGUCGAAGCCGCAUGCCGAGUCUUGACGGGUUCUAGAUUUGAAGCUUUCGUGACUGCAAGGAUUCAUAGUCUUAG